UCACAAAAGGCGGAGAAGUUAAAAAGGUGGUCCUUAUUUGCAACCGUGGUGGAAAAAAAGAUAAGCGGUCAACCGGGGCACCCAAAGGGAGUACCAAAAUUGACUGUCCAUUCAAAUUGGUAGGCCGUCUGACAAAGGACCAUAGUUGGUGGGUUGAAGUUAUAGAUCACCGACAUAACCAUCCAUCAGCUCGUAAUUUGGAAGGUAUUGUGUACGCAAGACGACUAACCGAUGUUCAAAAAGAAUUUGUGGACGAAAAGGCGUUGCUAGGUUUUGGGCCAAAUAGCAUAAGGGACCAAUUGAAGGAUGCAUUUCCCGGCAUCUUGACCCGUUCACAAGACAUUUCUAACUACCUGCGGCAACACCGGCUAAAGCACGCCCAACAACGAGGGGAAACUCGAAUGCAGAUCGUGCUCCAAUUACUAUCUGACCAUCAGUACACGUAUCAGUACACGACGGAUAGCAAAACCGGAUGUUUGACCAAUCUUUUUUUCGUACAUCCUACAUCACUUGACAUAUGGCGUGCAUUUCCUUGGAUCAUUGAAAUAGACGCCACGUAUAAAACCAACGUUUACAACAUGCCGCUUGUUGAGAUUGUGGGUGUCACUCCAACUGGCAAGACAUUCAGCAUUGCGCACGCACUUAUUGAAAAUGAGCAACAUGCGGCAUACACAUGGGUGUUACAGUGCUUGAGGUCGACGCUCGAAGAAGGGUUCGUCGUGCGUGUGGCACUCACUGAUCGGGAUCUGGCCCUCAUGAAAGCGGUUAAGGAUGUGAUGCCGGAAACGAAGCUGAUACUGUGUAGAAUACACAUUUGGAGGAAUAUUGAGUUACAUGCCAACCCAUCGUUUGGGUCAAAAAAAGAUUAUGGUUCGUUUAGACACCGGUGGGAUAAACUCGUAAACUCAAUCACGGUUAAAGAAUACGCAGAGAAUGAGCAGCGGCUAAAAGUAUUAUUGGCAGAUAAACCAAAUCUUUAUAAGUAUCUACAAAUACAGUGGCUUGCCUCGUACAAGGAGUUAUUUGUGUCAUGUUGGGUCGACCAACACCGCAACUAUCGUAACUACACUACCAACAGGGUUGAGAGCGAGCAUUCUUUGCUGAAGUCAGUUAUGCAUCAAAAGCGGCUUACGUUCCACAGAAUCGUUGAAUGUGUUAACUCUGUUGUCAGCGGGCAAUACACCGAAAUAAAGGGGUCACUGGAACAUUGCAGGCAGUACAAUCAAAAUAAACACAACUAUCCCUGUUUAAAGGAUUUGCUCGGUAAAGCCUCCCAUGUAGCCUUGCAAAUUAUGGUUGACGAAAUUGAUCGAUUGAAAAAUACAGUAAAAGGGGACGUGUCAAAGUGCGGGUGUACGGAAGGCGUGUACAAGAAUAUGAGAUAG